AUGGAGAAGCUGGGGAGAAAUGUCGGCCCAUUCUGGACUGCAAAGUCCAAGGGCAUGCAGAACUGGGAGGCACCAUUCAGGGCGGCACUGGUGGACCGGCAGAAUUACUACAACCAGAGUGAGGGGCUUCACACCUGGCAGUAUUUGUAUGGCUGCCGGUUGAGCAAGGAUGGGCAGAAAGGGGGGUACAUGCAGUAUGGGUACGACGGGAGGGAUUUUCUCAGCUUUGACAAGGAGACCCUCAUCUGGGCAGCCACCAAUGCAGCCGAUACGGGGGCCCAAAUGGCCAAGAAGGAGUGGGAUUGCGAUACGGAAACGAACAAGAAAAAGAAGCAUUAUCUGGAAGAGACCUGCAUUCACUUUCUGCAGACUUUUGUGACCUAUGGAAAUGAGUCCCUGCUGCGUAAAGAGGCCCCACUGGUGAAGGUGGCACACAAGGUGGUCCACGAAGGCCUGACAACCCUCAUCUGCCAAAUUUAUGGCUUCUACCCUAAGGCAAUCAAUGCCACCUGGAUGAAGGAUGGGGCAGUCUGGGAGCAGGAGACCUUCCUCGGGGAUGUCAUUCCCAACUCAGAUGGGACCUACCAUGCUUGGCUCAGCAUCCAGAUUAACUCCAAGGACAGGGGCCACUACCAGUGCCAUGUGGAACAUGCCAGUCAGCCACAGCCUCUGGAGUUCAGUGUCUGGGAAAUGUCUGGCUAG